AGACCCGGAAGUUGUAUUUCCUUCUUUUGCCGGUCGAGUGUAAGAUGUUUUAGUUAAUUUAAGCCCCGUUAUUUGUUCGUUUGAGUGAACGUUAGUCAAAUCACAGCCUGGAAAGGUUCUUGUAGAUGAUGAGAUGAGCGUCACUCUGGAUAUAAGACUGAAAAGAGCGAACAAAGUUUACCAUGAAGAGGAAUCGGUGGCCGGCGUGGUCCUGCUGGUGUGUAAGGAGGCGCUGCAGCACCACGGCAUCACGCUCCACAUGGAGGGGCUGGUGAACCUGCAGCUGAGCUCCAAGAGCGUCGGCGUCUUCGAGGCCUUCUACAACUCUGUCAAGCCCAUCCAGCUGAUCAGCAGCAACGUCGAGGUGGCCAAAGCAGGAAAGAUCCCAGCAGGGAAGACGGAGAUCCCCUUCGAGUUCCCUCUGAGCACCAAAGGAAACAAAGUUCUGUACGAGACGUACCACGGCGUCUUCGUCAACAUCCAGUACACCCUCCGCUGUGACAUGAAGCGCCCCCUGCUGGCCAAGGACCUGAGCAGGAACUGUGAGUUCAUCGUGCACUCUCAGCCUCAGAAAGCUAAAGUUGUGCCCACUCCGGUCAACUUCACCAUCACCCCGGCAACCCUGCAGAACACCCGCGAGAGGAGUUUACUGCCAAAGUUUCUGGUCCGAGGCCAUUUGGACGCCACCAGCUGUGUGAUCAGCCGCCCGCUGAGCGGCGAGCUGGUGGUGGAGAACUCGGAGGUCCCCAUCAAGAGCAUCGAGCUGCAGCUCGUCAGGGUGGAGACCUGUGGUUGUGCGGAAGGUUACGCCAGAGACGCCACGGAGAUCCAGAACAUCCAGAUCGCUGAAGGCGACGUCUGCCACGGCCUCCCGAUUCCCAUCUACAUGGUUUUCCCUCGGCUGUUCACCUGCCCCACGCUGGAGACCACCAACUUCAAAGUGGAGUUCGAAGUCAACGUUGUGAUCGUGCUUCAUGACGAUCACCUGAUCACAGAGAACUUCCCGCUGAAGCUCUGCAGAGUCUGAAGUCCUGGAGCUCUUUGACCCAACGGUCCUCUGAUAGAAUUCUUGCUUGUUUUUCAAGUUGUCUUCUUUUUUUACUGUAGUAACGCGUUUAAUUACCCAAAGUCCUUAAUAAUCACAGAGGCAGUUCCAUCCAAAAUAAACUGAUCAGUAUCCUCUUCCAGAAUUAACCAUGUUAUGAUUUAGUGGCAUUAAAUAUUAACUUGACAUCUUUGCUAUUUAUCAUAAUGUACAUGAUUCCAUUUUUUGGUGCCAUAUUGUCUUUUUAAAUUGUGUUUGUAUUUUGACUAAACUAUGACUUAAAGCUUUGACAUUUGACAGACAAAUCUGUACAUUUUCUUUGUAUUUUCACAUGAACUUGAAACUAUUUUGAGUUCAUAAAUAUCCCCUCAGCACUUGUAACAAUGAUCAAAGUCUGACUAAUCGCUAUUAACUUUGCUUUUGUAAAAUAAAAACAUUUUAAAAUGUAGUUAAUUGAGGGCA